CCCAACACUUUCAAGAUUCUCCCCUCAAUGCAGUAGGAGGAGCUAUAGAUCAAGGUGCACGAGAAAAGAUAUGGCUCGAGAUGGGUUGGAUUUUUCGGAAGCUAAAAGGCCUGCUGCUUUUCGAUUGUGCAAAGUGUCCGGUUACAUGACUGAGUUGCUGGAGAUUCGCGCCGAUGAUCCUAAACUGCACGUUUUAUUCAUUCCGGGAAAUCCAGGUAUUGUUGCAUUUUAUAAGGACUUUGUGGAAUCAUUGUACGAGUUUCUCGGAGGACAUGCAUCUGUAACAGCAAUCGGGCAUGUUUCACACACCAAAAAGAACUGGGAGCGUGGAAGGUUAUUCUCAUUAGAAGAACAAAUUUUACACAAGGUGGAUUUCAUCAAUCAGGAGCUAGAAAAUCUUGAAGUUCCUAUAUUACUGGUUGGGCACUCUAUUGGCUCAUAUAUGGCUAUUGAUGUGUUUAGGAGGUCCUCAGAAAAGGUGACCUAUUGCAUUGGACUAUAUCCUUUUUUGGCAGUAAACCCGCAAUCGAGGUGGCAGUCUAUUGUUGGGAAGAUUGUAGAGUCACAAGUUUUAAGUGUUGCACUUAGUUGCAUUGCGGCAUCAUUGGGAUCCUUACCAAGCAGUGCUUAUAGGUUGAUUUUGACAAACUCUGUUGGGAGUUCGUGGUCAGCUGCUGCAGUUGAGGCUGCUUGCUCACACUUGGUGCAGUACCAAGUUGUACGGAACAUACUCUUUUUGACUAUGACAGAGUUCAGAAAGCUUGCAGAAACGCCAGAUUGGAAGUUUAUGAGAGAAAAGCGGGAGAAAAUAGCAUUUUUGUUUGGUGUUGACGAUCACUGGGGUCCACUUCAAAUGCAUAAAGAGAUUUCCAAGCAGGUCCCAGGCAUUUCUCUAUCAAUUGAAAGGGCCCAUCCUCAUACUUUCUCUUGCACUGAAGAUGGUUCGUCAUGUGUUGCAAAGCAUGUUGCAAGAUUGAUCCAGAAUCAAGUACUGCAUUCAGGGCAGUAAGGUAUCUUUGUUGCUGCCAUUUUGUGAUAUAGUAGUCAUGUUCAGUAUAUGGUUAGGAUUGGUCAACGGAUAUUAUUGAUCAUCCCAUUAUGUUUAAAUAAUAAUUACAUCUUGAAAAAAUAAAAAAUAAACUGAUAUAGUAGUUAGCAACUGCCUUAUACUGAACAUAGAUAAGUCCCUUCAAAUGCUGGUUAUCUAAAUGCUCCAGAAGCAUGCUUUUCAUAAAAGUAGCCAUACCCCAUGUGUUUUGUAUAAGCAGGCAACAUUCAGGGACAAUCAAUUUUCUUCCUUCCCCCUCUUUUUCUUUUAACGGUAACGGUGAUGCCAUAAAAUGAGACUUGGACCUUUUCAACCCUCCCCAGCCCAUCAGUAUCUUUGCUAAGACACGGUAGAAUUAUUGAUGGCAAAGUGAGGUUUACGAUUCCAUCUAAACUUUAGGUUGGUUUUCUAAGGCAUGUGGUUUCAUUCCAGUUCCAAUUUUACGAGUUCUAUGAAUGUUGUAUCAAUUAUGGAGAUCGGUACUAUUAAGUGUCAA